AUGUCUGCCUACAGGAAUAGCGCUUAUGAGGAAGACCCAGAUUACCCUGACUAUUCUGAGUCUCGAAACCAUACUCAGGGGUAUUUGAAAACUCCAGGUCCUCUGAACAACUCAGAUGACCCCAGCACCAGGAGCAACCCAUACCCAGCAGAGUCCAGAACAAGUCCAGACUAUCUUGAGUCUCUAGCAGAACCAGAUUAUCCUGGAUCUCGGAGUAAUCCAGACUACCCUGGCACCAGGAGCCAUCCAUACUCUGCAGGGACAGACUAUCCCAAACCUUUGGCAGAACCAGAGUAUAUUGGAUCUCAGAGGAAUCCAUACCAGCCAGGCUCAUCUGGAGAGCCAGACUACUCUCAGUCUCAACAAAAUCCUGACUUUCCUGGUUCCAAAGGCAGGGGAAACUACACAGGCUCCAGAAUAAAUCCAGAUUAUCUUGACUCCUUGGGAGAACCAGACUACCCUGGAGCUCAGGAAAACUUGAAUUCUUCUGGCCCCAGAGCCACUUCAAACCAUCCAGGCUACAGAAGGAAUCCAGAACAAGCUAGUCCCAGAGUCAAGGCAUACAUAGACUCUCUGGGAGAACCUGAUUAUCCAGGUGCUGAGAGUCAAUCUAACCAUCCACACUUUUUUGGAGAACCAGACUAUCCGGGUGCUGAGGACUAUCGGAACUCUACAGACUUUUGGGGAGAGCCUGAUUACCCAGGUGCUGAGAAUGGUCGUGAUUAUGGCUCUUCAGAAGACCCGGAAAUGGCCAGGCAAAUGCUCAGCAGAACAUCUUCAAUCCAGCCCUCGUUUCACCAUGAGGGUGUCAGCCCCUUGGGCAUCCUUGGGAGAGAGGAUGUUGAUUAUCCUGAAAGCAUCGAAAUGAAAUCUGUGGGGAUGGCAAAUCCGUAUCCAGGUGCUCCUGGAAAUGGCUAUGUGAAUCCUGCUUAUGUGGGUGAUGAUGGUCUCGGCCCAGCUUAUGGAGACCCACCCUUGUCUGGACAUGAUUGGCUCAGUUCACCCCAAGGACAAAAGUUAAUCGAGUCUCUGAUACCCAUGACAUCUAGAGACAGAAUUAAAGCCAUUAGGAAUCAGCCAAGGACCAUGGAAGAAAAAAGGAACCUUAGGAAGAUGGUCGACAGAGAGAAAAGUAAGCAGUCCCGUCGUAUCCUGGAGCUCAAUUGCUGUGCCCAGUGUCUGAACUCCAUCUCACUGGCAUACCGAAGGUUCAAGAACAACCUGUCAGAACUGCUCGAUUCCAUCAGCCUGUGGCAGAAGACGCUCAAGGUCAUCGGAGGCAAGUUUGGUACCAGCGUCCUCUCCUAUUUCAACUUUCUGAGGUGGCUUUUGAAGUUCAACAUUUUCUCGUUCAUUGUGACCUUCAGCUUCAUCAUCAUCCCUCAGCUGACUGUGACACAGGAGAACCACCUCCAAUUCACUGGACUGGAAUUUUUAACCGGGGCGGGUUAUUUUACUAACACAGUGAUGUACUAUGGCUUUUACACCAAUUCUACGAUCCGGCAUGGCAACAGUGGGGCCUCCUACAACAUGCAGCUGGCCUACAUCUUUACAAUUGGAGGGUGUUUGGUCGUCUGCUUUUUUAGUUUGCUCUUCAGUAUGGCCAGGUAUUUCCGGAACAACUUCAUUAACCCCCACAUUUACUCCAGAGGGAUCGCCAAGCUCAUUUUUUGCUGGGACUUCACCGUCACUCAUGAAAGCGCAGUAAAGCUGAAACAGAAGAAUCUGAGCACUGAAGUCAGGGAGAACCUGUCAGAAAUCCGUCAGGAGAACGUCAAGUUAACAUUCAAUCAGCGGUUUAUCCGCUUCUCUGCCCAUGUGGCAGCCUGGGUUGUCUCUUCCGGAGUGGCCAUCGCCUGCUGUGCAGCCGUCUAUUACCUGGCUGAGAACAACUUACAGUUCCUGGCGAGCCACAGUAACCCUGGGGCGGUGCUUUUACUGCCUUUCGUUGUGUCCUGCAUCAACCUGGUCGUGCCUCGCUUCUACUCCAUGUUCAGGCUGGUGGAGCGCUACGAGAUGCCGAGACACGAAGUCUAUACCCUCCUGAUCCGAAAUAUCUUUCUGAAAAUAUCAAUCAUUGGAAUUCUGUGUUACUAUUGGCUCAACAUUGUGGCCCUGAAUAGUGAAGAGUGUUGGGAAACCCUCAUUGGCCAAGAAAUCUACCGGCUCCUGCUGAUGGAUUUUCUGUUCUCUUUAGCUGAUUCCCUCCUGGGGGAGUUUCUGAGAAGAAUCAUUGGGAUGCGGCUUAUCAAAAGUCUUGGCUUACCGGAGUUUGACAUUGCCAGAAAUGUGUUAGAACUCAUCUAUGCACAAACUCUGGUGUGGAUUGGAACCUUCUUCUGCCCUCUGCUGCCCUUUAUCCAAAUGAUUACUCUUUUCAUCAUGUUUUACGUCAAAAAUAUCAGCCUGAUGAUGAAUUUCCAGCCUCCGAGCAAAGCAUGGCAGGCCUCGCAGAUGAUGACUUUCUUCAUCUUUCUGCUCUUCUUCCCAUCCUUCACUGGGGUCCUGUGCACCCUGGCCAUCACCAUCUGGAGAUUGAAACCUUCAGCUGAUUGUGGUCCAUUUCGAGGUCUGCACUUCUUCAUUGAGUCCAUCUACAGCUGGAUCGACACCCUGAAUAAAAGGCCCAGCUACCUGUGGGUUGUUUGGAUCUACCAGAACCUCAUCGGGAGCGUUCAUUUCUUCUUCAUCCUCACCCUCAUUGUCUUAAUCAUUACUUACCUUUACUGGCAGAUCACAGAGGGAAGGAAGAUUAUGAUAAGACUGCUCCAUGAACAGAUCAUUAACGAGGGCAAAGACAAAAUGUUCCUAAUAGAUAAGUUGAUCAAGCUGCAAGGUAUGGAGAAGAGAGAAAACCCCACCUUAUUUAUGCUGGAAAGAAGAGAUUUGGAGCCAUGGGGCACUCUGCAUGUCAGGCAACAUGAUGCUGCUCGAGACCUGCGAUUCAGGCGAUCAUUUCAAGAAGAUAAUCCAAAGGCCUGA